CAUCAAGUCUUAUCUCAUCUUUUUUUUUUAUCUUUCAUGUUUUAGAUUAGCAUUUUUUUUCAAAAUCAUGUACUUCCUUCAAGUCAUCUACUUUAGUUCAUAGUGUAAUGGUCACGUCUCUAAUAUGUUUAUCAUCAACAGAGAUGCAGAUCAUGAUUCUGGUAUGUUUAAUAUCAACAGAGACAUCAAAUCUUGUUUCUGGUAUGUUCAACAUCAGUAGAGAACAACUGGUCAUAUUUCUGGUAAAUUGAAUAUCAAUAAAAGGCAAGAUUACACUUUCCCUUUGUCUCUAUGUUACUAUCAUUUGUCUUCAUCUUUUUUAAUCCUUGGAUCAUGUUUUAAAGAAUAUAAAAAAUCCCUGAAGUUGAUUGGGGUAAGAGGAGAGCCCAAGUCACUUGAUUGAAGUCAGAUCUAAUAUUGAAUUCGGUCAAUAAGGAUUUUGGCACACAUGUGCACACACCUGUAUGGUCAGCUGACUGUGAUGUAGGAGAGGAUUUUGUUGCCAAACACAAACCAAAUCUAGUUCUUAGAGACAACAUCAUCUUUUGAGCGGUAAAUAUUUUGUGCUUUUCUUUUGGUUGCCCUAAACUGCCCUCACUCUUCCUCAUCAAAGACUCUGCAUCAUGUUCUUCAUGCUGAAAUUAGCAUGCACUUCCCCCUAAAACACUAAGUAAAGGGAUCAAAAUGUCCAAAAUUUGUUUCUGGUUCUUAAUUUCCACAAAAUGGUUUAGUAGCUUUGCAUCAUGAUGGCUCAUUUAGUCAAGAUAAAGCUUUGUAUGGUGGUAUUCUUCAUGAUGCGUAGGGUUCUUCUAUUUUUUGCAUUUUCUGAUUUAAGUGAUACUCCAUUAAUUCUUAACAUGUACUUGUAGGAAAUUUUCCUUGGAUUUCACUCUCUAUUAAUAGGGGUUUAAGGAGAUCUCAAUUCGUUCAGACUCAAAAUUAGUUAUUGAGAUGAUUAGGGCAAUAUUAAAGGCUAGUGUUGAAGAAUAGAGUUUUACACAUCUUAAAGUCUCUCAUCCAGAGUAAUUCAAGCACAUUUGGAGAGAAGUUAACCAAUCAGUAGACUUUAUGGCUUCUUCACAGGCAUCUAAUACAGAGGUGGUGCUUUCCCCUUCGAAUUCCCUGUUGGUCUUAACUCUUUAAUCAAAGGGGAUAUGGAUUUUAAGACUUAUUUUCAAUUAUAUCUCAGAUUACUUUAAUUUAUAUUGGUCUCUUGUUUUGCAGGCGCCUAUCCUGCUUGUCUUUAGGAACCUCUCUCCCUCCUUUAGGUCUGUGGUGGGUGGUUGCUUGUUUCUUGUAUUUUUUGUUUUCAUCAUAAUAAUAUACAUUUUACCUAUAAAAAAAAAAUGUAAAAAAAAAAAAAAGAAAAAGAAAAAAAAAAGAGUUCUCAUAUGUAAAUCGUUCGAACCUCAUUUUGGCCCUUCUAUGUGGAUCCUUUACUUUACGCCUUUGUGGGUCACUUACAUGGUUCUUGGUGGGUGUCUUGUAAACAAAAUAAAAAUAGAAAAAAAAAAAAAUAGACCUUUGUUCUCUCUAUUGCUGUUAGCCUAUCUUCAAAUCACUUAAUCCUUGAGUGUCUCGCCAUGCUGAAAAAGAGCUAUUUGAGAGCAUGACGUAGCGGAUCAUGGUCUACACUAAUGCUCCCAUGACUCUAUCCCUCUCCUCCUAUCAAAAGACUUCUCAACUCCUUAUUUGACAAAAGAUAAAGAUAAAAUAAGAAAGAUUGACAUAGGCCAUACUCCCGGAUAGAGAACGUCCACAUUACGUGCGAAUAAUCUACAUUUUUGUCAUUAUACUACUAAUUAGCAUAUUAUUUAUGUAAGAAUUUUCAAUGUUUAGAUGAUUAUUCCUAGCUACAUAUUUUUUGUUUUUUUGGUAAAUUCCUAGCUACAUUUCAACGCAUGGUAGACAAAUUAAUGAGCAAUAGACUAGACAGCUCACAUAGCAAAACUACAUUGGAACAUGCAAAUUAAUUUUCAAUGUUAGAAAGUUCUCAAAUGGGACCCAUAAUGAUUUUUAUUAACCAGAAAAAGACCAUAAUGCCCGGUGCUGAUCCUGUAUUGGAUAGGUAUUUUCACAUGUGGUACUACAUGCCAGCCUAAGACUACCUUCCCCCUUUAAUAGAAAAGCAGCUUCAGGCAAGGGAUCUGACAAGUACCUAUUCAUAUAUUAACAGUUAUUAUGUUCAAAGCCCAUUUGCUCUUUUUUGACUAUAUAUUGAUCCUCUCUCUGAAGUAUAGGAAUGGCAAUAGGCUGGGCAAAGUAUACAUCGGCAAAUCGCCCCACAAGGAGCAAGUUUGUGUUUUUUGGAUGAAUAAGUAGGAAGUUGAUAGUAUGACAGAUCUCAUUAGCCUUUAUGGGAUGUAAAAUAAAAAUAAAAAUAAAAAUAAAAAUAAAAAAGGAAACAUGUGUUGCCCUCUCGUGUGAAUUUUAAUAUAUCUUCUCACAUAAUAAUUAAUGGGAUCUAUGUUGAUAUUUUUUCUCUCUUUCUUUCUCAUCAUGUGGAUUUCAUAUGAAAACGAUACCAUUCAACGUUCAUAUUCCUUCUUACACUGAUCAACAUUGUGAGAACAAACAAUUAUAUUCAUUCAAAAUGUUGCUUGCAUAGUGGAUUGUCAAAAUUCCUAAAAAUUGCUCUUGAACUUGGAGAAAAAUAUUAAUGCAUAGAGAUAAAGAUGGAAUCCCUUAUUCAACAUAUUAUUGGGGGUAAAAGCUCCACUAGAAUUCAAAUUAGGGCUGCUAUUAUGUCUAUCUCUCUCUUCCCUUUUUCUGAAAGAACCCUCAUAUCUUUUUUGAAUGAUAUUCCAUCAUGUGAUCCUAUUGAUGCUAUCCGUUAACAUAGUUGAUAUCGACGGUAUAUCUAAUCCACUCCCUAUACCAUACUUGAUGUGUAUAUAUAUAUAUAUAUAUAUAUAUGGAUAUGGUAUGGAAAGUUGUGACCAAAGGACCCUGACUACUUGUUAAACUCUCUAAUAUAUUAUGUUUUUCUUCUUAAAAAAAAAAAAAUAAAGGAAGAAACUACUCUAAAGUGGACCUUGUCAGCCUCUUCCGUUCUAAAGUCUCAACCUGGAUAUUCAAGCUCAUGAGCUGGUUAUGCGGCUUGCCCAACCUGCUCUAAAGGUUUUUUCCUACACCUCACACCCCCCAUCUCUCCAGCACGCCUCCACCCAAAAAAAAAAACCUUUAACAAUGAAGGGUAAUACCGUAAUUUGAAUAUUAAGCAAACAGUCUUUCUAUUCCUCUCUUUCUCCCUAGUCCCUACUCAUUAGUUGUCUCCCUCCUACCUGUGCUGUUCAAGAAGAGAGGAUAAAGCCGCCCCACUAAUGAUUACCUUUUAUUGUUAAAUUACAAACAACAGGAACAUCACUUCUCGUCCUCAACAUCCUUUCUCAUAUAAUCCUAUUUUACCUUCUCCCCAUCUGCGAUUGCCAAGCCUGACUACUUGGGGCGAAGCAAACGAACAAAUGGUAAAGUCACAGUAAGAGAGAGAGAGAGAGAGAGAGAGAGAGAGAGAGAGUCUCCCUUGUUAUACUAGGGAGAGUGCAAACGCUGAAGAGGAUAAAAAAGCUUGGUUAGAGAAAUUCACAUAUAUAUUAGUGAAAGAGAUUAAAAAGGAGGUGAAGAGAGAUGGUGGGCUCGGAAGCAUCAGAUAGGAGCAAAGAAGCGGUUGGGAUGAUGGCCCUUCACGACACCCUCAGGACUGUCUGUCUCAAUUCAGACUGGACUUACUCCGUCUUCUGGACCAUUCGACCUCGCCCGCGAAGUAGAGGUGGUCAUAUUUGCAAGGUCGGGGAUGACAACGGCAGCUUGAUGUUGAUGUGGGAAGAUGGAUUUUGCCGGGGAAGAGUUGCAGAUUGCCUGGAAGAUAAAGAUGGGGAUGAUCCAGUCAGAAAGGCCUUCAGCAAGAUGUCUAUUCAGUUGUAUAAUUAUGGAGAAGGGUUAAUGGGAAAGGUUGCUUCAGAUAAAUGUCAUAAAUGGGUCUUCAAAGAGCCUUCUGAAUGUGAACCCAAUAUCUCUAAUUACUGGCAGAGUUCUUUUGAUGCACUUCCUCCUGAAUGGACUGAUCAAUUUAACUCAGGCAUUCAGACUAUUGCUGUGAUCCAAGCUGGCCAUGGCCUUCUACAAUUGGGUUCCUGCAAGAUUAUACCAGAAGACCUGCACUUUGUGUUGAGGAUGAGACAUACCUUUGAAUCUCUUGGAUAUCAAUCUGGCUUCUACCUCUCCCAGCUCUUCUCUGCUAACAGGAAUACUUCCCCUUCUUCCCCUUCUUCGAAGCAAUCCCUUGCUUCAAGUCAUCCUCCUGGUCCCAUUUUUAACUGGAGCCAAAGGUCUCUAAUGUCUGCAGCUUCUGUAUUUGCUUCUCCCAAUUUCCCGAACUCUUCCCAACUUGGGUUGCCACAGAAUAAAGAUGAAACCCAUCUCUUUGAUCUCCUUCCACAUUCAUCUAAGACCCAAAUGAAGGAUAUGAACAUGAUGGCUGAUCAUGACUCUGACAUUAAGUGGCCAAAUGGGCUAUCCAUCUUUAAUGCACUCACCGGAAAGGAUGAAGAUGCCGAACUUCUCUUCGGCCAUGAGUGCUUAGGAAACAAGCCAAACCAACAACAUCAUCAACUUGUACUAGGGAGUGAGAAUUCAAACCCUGCCUUAAAUCUUUGUGGAAAGGCUGAAGAGUUGAAGGCCCCCUCAGAAACUUCAAAUUCACAGAAUCAGCAGGGGAGCAGAAGUGAUAACACAGGAUUUGCAAAUUUCAGUGAAUACUUGAGCUUGGAGAGCCAUUCAAACAAUGUCAAGAAGAUGGAAAACAAGUUCAAGAGGAGCUUCACUUUGCCUGCAAGAAUGACAUCAUCAUCUUCUUCCACUUCUCUAGAUCACCAUUCACAUCAUCCCGUGAACUACCGGAGCUCCGAAGCCAGGAUUUACUCUGAUUUAAUGGACACCUUCUUAGAGUGAUUUUAGAUUGCUUUGUAUAGAGAACAAGGGUAAGAUGUUGUACCUGAAAGUGAAUCUGGUCAUGUUCUUGUUACUUCUCUUUGCAUUGAUCCACAGAACUCUGCCUUUCUUUUUCUUAAUCAAGUCAUACAUUUUUUCCUGGAA